CUGAGCGGCAGCGCGUGCACGGGGGCCGUUGAUAAGGUGGAGCGAGCGGCCGGCUCCGCGCGCAUAAAAAGCGGCCCCCAUCCCGGGAGCGGGCACCAUUUCAGAGCGGGCACGCGCACCGGGACCAUGCAGAGCUCCAGGCUGCCCAGCGGCGCGCGCCUGUGCGCGCUCCUGCUGCUGCUGACCGCCGGCCAGCGCUGCGCCGGACAGCUGCUGGACGCACAGUCCGAGGAGGAGCUGACCCCCCGGGCCCUGCGGGACUUCUACCCCAAAGGGCCCAACCUGACCAGCGAGAAGCAGCUGCUCGGCGCGCUGCAGGAGGUCCUGGAGAAGCUGCAGGCGAAGCGGCUUCCGUCCUGGGAGAAGAAAUUCGGCCAAGUCCCGACGUGCGACGUCGGGGAGCAGUGCGCCGUGCGUAAAGGCGCGCGGAUCGGGAAGAUGUGCGACUGCCCCCGCGGAGCCUUCUGCAACUUCUUCCUGCUGAAGUGCUUAUGAGCCCGAGGACGUGAAUGUAGCAUCUGGGACGGGGGGGGAGAAGCUGAACCCGGUUCUUCUGGACCUCCUCUGGCGUUUUUCAGCCGGGGAGCGGCCGCCCGCUGGUGUCCGACAUAAAGUCUAUAUUUGGAGAGUAGCCGCAGAUGUUUCAGUGUCUGUGUGAAUGUGGGGGUGAGGAUGUCAUAAACAUGCUAGUUCCUGUAAAUAUGUGUGUUGUGAUGACCCACACUGCACGUGACACGCACCCGGGGACCACGCCCACUCUGUAAAGUCCACCUGGAAAACGUGAUUUCUCGCAUAGACAUAUAUACAUCUAUAUAUCUAUAUAUCUAUACAUAUGUACAUAUAGGUAUAUAUGUGUAUGAUUUCUCGCCUUGUGUCCGGUCUGUUCUGUCUCAGAUGAAUGUUUUGUGUAUGCCUCAUGAGAAUAAACUGUGGAGAAUCUUGUUUUGUAAAGCAGUGGAGUUGCUGUAGAUUCCUUUGAGAGCAAACACACCUG